AUGUCUUCGGCGGAAAAGAGAUCGGGAGUUGAUGGUGAUGAUGAGAUUGUCGGUACAAGAGACUUGGGAUUGGAACUGGGAGCGACGGAUUCUGAUGCAGUGGGAAGAUUGUCGUCGGGUGCUAUUAGGACAGAUGCUGUAGAAGUGGGUGGUGUUUGUGAAGCUCAGGAGCGGGGAAAUGCUGAAAUGCUCGUGGAGGUUGAUGGCAAAGAUAUGUAUGAAAAUCAGGGGAUUGAAGACGGUUCAAAUGAUUACCCUUCAACGAAUAAUUCGAGCCACUCUCCUGACCAGAAUUUCGGUAUCGAAAGUGGUGCAGAUGGGUUGAGAAAAGAGGCAUCUCGUGGGAACGAGGGACACGAAAUUGUCGGAGCACAUGUAAUAGACGACUCGGAUCGCCACAAUGCCAGCUCUGGCAGCAAUUUAGACGUGGAUGAAUAUGAUGAUGAUGAUGAUGAUGAUGGGGUCUAUUUAAGGGAACAUGAAGAGAGUGAAGAAGAAGAGAAUGAAGGAGAAGAAAGUUCGGGCGAUUGCUGUUCAGAUCAUCCAGAUAUCCUUUCUAGAUCCGAGAUCGAUAGUCCCCGGUUCGUACGAUGGCCAAUUGAAUGCUCCCAAGUGGCCGAAGAGACAUGCACGGAGAUUUCUGCGCAUUAUAAUGCUAUGUCUGAAUUGGAAGCUUCGGCGUCUGGUGGAUGUCCUUUGUGUGCUCUUUUUGUGAGUAAAUUAUACUUGAGUUGGGAAAAUCACAAUUCUCGUGCUCAUGCGGCCGGCAAUCACUUGCCGCCUGAUCAGCUGAAGCCCUACCGCAUGACACUUGAGCGUAAUUCUGGCAUAAGCUAUAAUCUCCACGAGGGAGAGUUGUUGUGGAAUAUAUCGCUUGAUUUCUGGAUGGUCAAGGAUGGUAUUCGAGGCCGAGAGUCGGCUUAUGCGAUGAUUGUACUAGAUAACACACUGGAUUCUGAACAUCGUACACGCGAGUAUCAUACUAACACAGAUCUUGGUCAAAAUGCGUGGGAAAGCUUUCAAUUAGGUUGUACUAAAGAAUCGACAGAUCUUGUGCGGGCAUGGCUUCGAGAAUGCUGUUUAGGUCACAGUGCUUGUAGACAACAGGAAAAAGCUUCUGCUCUACCUACACGGCUGAUCAAAAUUGAUUCUCAAGAAAUACGUCUAUGUAAAUCAGCCAAUGAGAACUGCUCAAAUUGGCGAGCCCCUUCCUGGUCAUGGGCUGCAGUGAAACAACCAGUCUCUAUUUCUAGCGAUGAAACAGUAGUUACUGAGGCAUAUAUUGAAAUCACCAAAGUCGACGUAACUCUUGAACAUGAUGAUCCAUUUGGAGGUGUUAAGAGAGGAGUUCUAAACGUUCGCUCGAGAUCUAUGAUAAUCUAUAAGAUAAAGUCACCAUUUGACAAGUAUAGUGGAAGAUCAAUUGGUAAAAUCUCAAUUAGACGUUACGCUCUGAAAUGGGAUUAUACAGAUUGUGGCUCGGAAGGCUUUUGGAAUUCAAUUUUGAUAUUACCUGUUGGCAUCUUGAAAGCCGCGGGUACCGAGUAUAUAAGAAUCGAGGGCAUUUUGCUGAGACAUACCGGUCAAGAAGAUGGGCAAUAUGAGCGUCUAGGUCAUUUCAUGGUUCUCAAAAUGGACCCUCAUUACGAACUGAUUUGUCGAGCCAUGAAUCUUGCCCAAGAUGAGCAGUUCAGGGAGCUGGGUCUUGGCGAUGCCCUUCCUUCAGAAAAGGACUAUAUCUCAACUGAUGUGGAUGAAGAUGGAAUUACGUGGUAUGCAGUUUCUAUUGUAUGA